UGGCCCUUUAACAGCAGAGGGAGGGGAUUCUCCUCAUGCUCUGGCUCACUGCACUGUUUUUGUCUCGCUGUCAGUGAGAUUGCUGGCCUUACACGGCUAAAGGGACAAGGAAAGGUUUUUGUAUGUGAUGGUGUUACAGGAGGUUGCUAUUGAAUCAUGGCUCAAGUGCUACAUAUGGACACCAGCUUUCCAGGGAAGAUUAACUCUACAGUCCCCACUUCCCUGCACCCGAAGGAUACGGAGGCUCCUUACUCAGUAGAGACCCCCUAUGGUUACCGUCUGGAUCUGGACUUCCUCAAAUAUGUUAAUGACAUUGAAAAGGGUAACACUAUAAAGAGGGUCCCUGUUCAGCGACGUCCACGCUAUGGUUCUCUGCCCCGUGGUUAUGGAUACACUGGCUCAUGGUGGACCUCCACUGAGUCAUUGUGCUCCAAUGCCAGCAUGGACAGCCGCCACUCAUCCUAUUCAUACUGUGCACCAGGCUAUCACACCUCUCAGCGUCCAAACUUCAGCAUGGCCCGUGUGGAGAAGACUCUGCUAGAUGCACGGCGAAAGCUGGAGGAAGAGAAGGACACUCGCUUUUCCAACUUAGGCAGCAUGCACAGCAGUGUUGCUGGCUCCAACACCUCUCUGUCCAGUGCCCACAGCUUCAAUCGUGCUCAGGGAGGGGGAAGUUCAUACACACCUGCCAGCUCAGGCCUGUCCACACCCGUAUCUCCCACCCCAGCCCACCUACAGCAUGUACGUGAGCAGAUGGCCAUGGCCCUUAAGAAGAUCCGGGAUCUGGAAGAGCAAGUGAAGACCAUUCCUGUGCUGCAAGUGAAGAUCUCCGUGCUGCAGGAGGAAAAGCGACAGCUUAGUGUGCAGCUAAAAAGUCAGAAGUUCUUGGGCCACACCCAUGGGUUCAGCCGUGGGCGGCCACGUGGAGAGCUCUACAUUGACAUUCCAGAGGAGGGAGUGGAAGCUGGUACCAGUAAGGUGGAGGUGGGACUCUCACCCACUACCCCUGAUAGCUCACGUCAGGACUCAGGCUGUGAGAUAGAAGAUACUGUGAUCAUGGGCAGUGUUCAGCCAGGGACCAGGAAAGAGGUUCGAACCAUUGGUGUGGGUCCAGGCAAUAAGGAGAAAAAUACUUGCCAGGUGGGUGUAGGUGUGAGGGAGGAAGACUUGGGCUUUCUGCCAGAGACAGAAGUUCUGAAGUCCAAAGUGGACCAGUUGGAGGUGCAGCUGAGAAAGACUAUGCAAGAGCUACAGAGUGCCCAGAUGCAGGUGGAGGCAGUGCAGAAGGAGAGGCAGGGUGGGACCCUGCAGGCCGAUCAUGCUGUGAGGGCCACCAGCCUGGGCUGGCAGGAUCAGCACGACCUGGGAGGUGCUGGCCUCCACACACUGGUCAGCUUUACCCAGCAAGGACAACAGAAGCAGCAGAGGACCGUGGGGAUCCAGGUGUACACGCUGGAGCAGCCUAUGGUGAUGCUCAGGACUCAGCAAUGCAGCACCUCCAGCCGACCUCUAUCUGCACCCCUGCUGGAGGGAACUCCUCACAGAGGAUAUGCAGAGCCUCUGAGUGCAGAAGAAUCAAUUGCAGUAAGCUCCAAACAGGUAAGAGAGGUCCUAAGAAGUGAAUUGUCCACAUCAGUGCCAGUCACCACCCCUUCUAGUGUUAUGCAGACAAACUACAGCCAAGCAGCUCCCCUUUGCCAGAGGCUGAGGGACAGAGAACAGAAACAGCAGUUGGCCACAGAAGUUAUGCACUCACAUGAAAGUGCACCCCAACCAGCCUCUCCUCAUUCCAGCUUGAGAUCAAUCAUGAAGCAUAAGGCAGACAGAGAACCAGGCUCUUCUUCAACCCAGAAGAAUCUGCAGUUCAUAGGCGUGAAUGGAGGGUAUGAGUCCACUUCAUCAGAGAGCAGUUCUGAGAGUUCAGAUGAUGAGAGUGAUGCAAGCGAAUAUCAUGAAGCCACUGAGAAACUACCGGAAUCUCCAGCUCAUCACCCUCAGGCUACCUCUGUCAGCAGUUCUGCUGUUUCUGUCCCUGUAAUUCCCAAAUCUAUAGAGACAGCAAAUGCCCAGCACAGCAACGCCCCACUUUUACUUAAUGAGGGCUCAGGUUUGCAUAGCAUCACCCAAUCACCAGCCUUGGACACAGCCACAUGUCAACAUGUUAUAAUGUCACCAGCCUCAGAUUCUGACAAAUGGCACUCUGCAAUCCAGUCGUCUACAACUGCCAUGGCUCCUCAGGAGACUCAUAUCCUGUCAGCAGAAUCAGAUUCCAUUCAGCAAUAUACCACCAAAAACACUGCCAUUUGCCCUGAACAUAGUUCCAACGAAUCAUCAGCAGUCUGCAUGACAUUGGGACAAACUGUUAACCAACCCCAAGCCACUAGCUCAGAUAGCCAGCAAAAUUCUAACCAGCCAGAAUCCUCAGGCCUGACCACUGAAGAGCCCACUGCUCUAUCGCAUACCACUGGUGCUUCUUAUCCAGAUGACAGCCAAUCACAACCCACUGACCUCACUCCAUACCAGCAAACUGUGCAGCUGAAGGCUUCAGAUGUUUCUGACCAACAGGAUACAGGCAAAUCUCCAGUCGGCAGUCCAACUGAAAACACCUGCUCAAACAAAGCACCUGAACAAGAAAGCAGUUUCAGAGGGGAACUGAGUGACAGCUGCAUGACAGCUCUUCAUACCUUGCAGAAAGCACUUGGUGAACCAAAUGCUUUUAGCCAACAGGGGGCGAGAACAGCCUACACCACAGUGUUACAGGAGUGGCUGCGUGUCUCAUGUCAUAAAUCUGCGGACACAGCAGUGGUCCGAGCCUACAUGGAUGCCUUUGCCUCUGUCUCACCUCAGCUGCUGGAAUUUGUGAUCAAUAUGGCUGAUGGGAAUGGAAACACAGCACUGCACUACACUGUCUCACACUCCAACUUUCCUGUGGUUAAACUGUUACUGGACACAGGUCUAUGUAAUGCAGAUAAGCAGAACAAGGCUGGCUACACAGCUAUCAUGCUGACAGCUCUGGCUGCGUUCCACUCUGAAAGUGACCUUCAGACGGUUCUGCAGCUGCUCCGCACUGGAGAUGUCAAUGCCAAGGCUAGCCAGGCUGGGCAGACAGCUCUGAUGCUGGCAGUGAGUCAUGGCCGAGGAGACAUGGUUAGAGCUCUGCUGUGUUGCGGAGCUCAGGUCAAUCUUCAGGAUGACGAUGGCUCCACAGCCCUCAUGUGUGCCUGUGAGCACGGUCACGUGGACAUUGUGCGCCAGCUUCUUUCUGUACCAGGCUGUGAUGCCACUCUCACUGAUAAUGAUGGCAGCACUGCUCUCUCCAUAGCACUAGAGGCCAGUCAGAAUGACAUUGCGGUGCUUCUAUAUGCCCAUCUGAAUUUUGCCAAACCUCCUUCCCCUGUGUCUCCAAAGUCUCAAAUUGUAGGAUCCCCACCGUCUUCAUCAGAAAUCCUAAAAUGAAACACUAAGGCUGAUUCCUCUGUGCAUACAGUUGAUCUGUGCAAAUAUAUCUGUUUUUAUAUAUAUGUAUAUGUAUCCACUGUUAUUAUCAAUUAAUUCUAUGCUACUGCAUUUUUCAGUGGUUUCAGUGUGUCCUUUACACACAGCUUUCCAAACCUGAGGCCUCAUUUAUUAAAUCCUAAAUUCCAGUGAUAUGAUCUAAUAUUACAAAUGACGUACCAGUGGGGUACUAUGAAACCUGAAUCUGACAUGAAAAUGUUCUUAUAAAUACGCAAAGUGAAAAACAAUUUCAUUUUUGUCUUAUGCACCGUUAUACUAGUGCACUCACUUUUUCUCUGAUGGGGGACUUUUAGCCAUUCCAGUGUGACAUUAAGUGAAUUAUUUAAUUAAUGAAUGAAUCUAACAUUGAUAAUGAAAAUGUUGAGGAAAAUCUGAAGUAAAAAAGAGACAUUAAAACAUACAUGGCAGAGAAAGGGUAGUUAAGCAUAAUGAACAGCAGGGUUUUACUGACUUUUAAAUGCUCAAUAAAUAAAGAAAUAAUCAAGCAAACAAACAAAUAAAUAAAAUGUCUUCUGUAGCUCUUAUAGACAUCGCCAAUGGACUUUUAUUUAAAGGACGUUUUUUCAAAAUUGAUUACACUGAUUUAUAUACGACCAUGAGUGGCUUCCAAUAUCUAAUGAAAAGUAUCUGGAAAGGCAUGUAGCCUGAUAAUGAUAAGAAUAAAGAAAUAAUAGAGACAUGUCAUGACCCAUGUCCUUAAUGGUUGUGCCAGAAUUGUUCAGGUGAUUAGACACUUUAUUGUCUACUUGACGUUGAGAACUCAGUAUGUCUUGAGGAAUUAUCAGAGAAGAAUAAAAUAUCCUGUAUUCACAGGGAUCUCACAAAAUACACUAUAUGGCUGAAAGUUUGUGGACACCUGACCCUCACACCCAUCUGUCUCAUCCAGAUUUAGUCCCCUUUGCUCUUCUGGGAAGCUUUCCACUAGAUGUUGGAGCGUGGCUGUGGGGAUUUGGGUUCAUUCAGCUACAAGAGCAUUAGUGAGGUCAGGCGCUGAUGUUGGGAUGUCGAGGAUGUCUGGGGUGCAGUCGGUGUUCCAGUUCAUCCCAAAGGUGUUCAGUGGGGUUGAGGUCAGGGCUCUGUGCAGGACACUCGAGUUCUUCCACUCCAACCUUCACACACCAUGUCUUCAUGGAGCUCGCUUUGUGCACAGGAGCAUUGUCAUGCUGGAACAGGUUUGGGCCUCUUAGUUGCAGUGAAGGGAAAUUGUAAUACUACAGCAUACUACACUCUAUACAAUUGUGUGCUUCUAACUUUCUGGUAACAGUCUGAGGAAGAACCACAUCUGGGUGUGAUGGUCAGGUGUCCAGAACCUUUUGAACAUAUAGAGAAUAUCGUUAUGAAACAUUCAGUUUACUAUUGCCACUCCAGAUCAAAAUUGUAAAUCUGAAUAAAAUGUAUGUUUACUGUCAUGGCCUUUGUUGGGGGUUCUGAUUACUAGACAUGAAGACAUUUGGGUUUGAUUUGGGUUUGUUUAUUAUUUUCAAGGUUUUUUUUUUUUUAACAGUGAGGGUGUGACAGUCUGUACAUAUUUAUGUCCCGUGAUCAUGGCAUGUUGUCCAAGGCCUGCAGGUCUGAUGGUGGCUGCCUGUAAUUUUUUUCUUCUUCUUUAAGCAACAAACCUAGGUGAAUUUUAUAAAUGUUUUUCCAGUGACUAAACAAUCACCUGUAAUGUUGCCACUCUAAGAGAUUAUAUGAGAAAACUGAUUUUAACUUGGAUAUACAUUCAGCGCCAUAUUUAUUGGCACCCUAAGAAAAGAAUAUGUCCCCAACAAUCAAGGAUAAGCACUUUUUCAGAUGAGUGACAUAUGUCUAGGACUUUUGUCUGAUCAAUUAGCGUGUCAGAUGGUAUAAUAAGAUAUUCUUUGUCUCUGACAUUCAAAGACAAAAUAUACACUUAAUAUACAGUUAAUAAAUGAGACCCCUGGUUUCCAAUGCCACAAUACUUUGAAGUCUGAUCAAUUUAAUUCCAUAGACUAGUCUACCUAGAAUUUCUCCUGUUUUAACUUUGGCUCUGAAUAAGGUGUCAUACAUACUAGAUUAGUAAAUUUGUCUUUGUAAAUGGAUCAUUUCCAUGAUCAGAAGUCUCAUAUCAGUAUUAAUUUGCUCAUUCUCUUCAACUAAUUAGGUCAAAGUGGAAGUUUGUUUACUUGAUUAAAAUAGUACUAGCUAAUUAAUUACUACUCUGACUAUAAUUCAUUCAUUCAUUAAUUCAUUCAUUAAUUCAUCUUCAGUAAGUGCUUUAUCCUGGUCAGGGUCACUCUGAAUUCUGAGCAUGAGGCAGGAAUACACCUUGGAUGGGGUGCCAGGUUGCUUAUAAUGUUGUGGUAUUUUUACUCUUUGAAUGCAAUCAUUAAUAGUUGUCAUUUCUACACAUAUACAGCAAUGUCACAAAUAGAAUCUAUACUGACUCACCCUAGCUUUGUUCUGUGUGAAAACUAACAGCAAUAUUACAUAUGCUCCAUACUAUAGACUGUUGAAUAGACUUAUACAGUAGCUAUACUUGUAUAGUGUAGUUUCAGUGUGGACUUUUUGCCUCAGAAAAUGAAAAAAAUCAGAAAAUCAGUUUUAGAAUGCAUAUUUCACACUAUGAACAAUUACAUCCCAAAUGGCACAACAGAUAAGUUGAUACUUAGACUGAGUUCUGCAAAACCACUAAAAAAUUUUGUUGUGUGUGUGUGUGUGUGUGUGUGUGUGUAUAUACAACAAGUGGUUGUAAACAAAGGUAUCAUGAAAAAUAAGGCUUCUUCAUGACUGCAUUAAGGUACUAACUUGUAUGAGGAAUGUGGCUAAAGGUUUCCUAAUGACUGGAUGAGCUGCUGUGGUAGAAUCUGGUGGGGUUUGAUGCUGAAAUAAUCAGUAAAUUAUGGGGCUCCUUCAUCAGUUUCUGUUCUUAUGUGGGUCUAGAAAGUGUAAAAAAAAAGGCUCAGAACUAUCGAUGAAGAAUGUGCUGUAUAAGAUUUUUAGAAAUAAGGAUAAUAUAUGCCGUGUCCAAACGUUUAAUUGCUUUUCUAUACAAUUUUUAGCUUUUGAAACACGGUCAUUGAAUUGAAACAUUGUGUAACUUGAUGGCUAAUUAGGUUUUUAUACACACUUUAUUAUCACUAGUUUAGGAACUAAUUUGUUUUAUAAUCUUUUAUAUUUGUUUUAUUUAGACUAACUCUAACUUUAUAUCUUUAUCUGUGACAACUAUGUAUGUCUUUUUGGCACCUUUGACUCUUCAUUUGUAAUUAGUAUUGUCACCUUUAUAAAUAAAUCCUCACUUUGUUA